AUGAACGCGGCGGCGGCGGCGGAAACAGCAUAUGCGCUCCGUCCGCUUGAGCGCCCUCCGCCAAGCACACCUAGCGAUGCCCUGGAGGGUGCGUUCCGAGUCCACCUUUCGCAAAAAGACUUGAAAAACUUAGGCCUGAGCAGUGGCGACCUUGUACGGUUGAGAACGGCCGACUGUUUCAAAGGCUAUGCCGUGGCAUGGCUGGCCACUCAGACCAAUGCCGGGGGCAAGCCCAUAGCCAAAGUGUCUGACUUUCUACGCGCCCACUAUCAUCUCGAACUGACCGAUCGUGUGCUCAUCGACAAGGUGGUCGACUCUUUGAAGCCCCUCAGAUCAAUAGAGGUCGGCUUCUCGCAACCGUCUGAUCAACGAGCGAGCUUCUCUUCAGCUGAAGAACUCAUCUUCUGGGUCCGGUACGCCCUAGUGGACCUCGAUAUCGUUCUCCCGGGCUGCAGUUUCCCUGUGAACCCAAGAGGCUUGAGCCGUCCGCAGAAGGGCAAACUACGCAUGAUCGUGCACCGCAUCGAUCCUGCCCCAACAGAGAAGCACCCAAUGUACUUUGAUCCAGUUCUCACGCAGAUAUUAGCUUCAGCAGCCAUCGGCCCCCGUCGAAAUGUGCAGGAUCCGAAAAGAGUCUUGCACAUAAGUCAGGAUGGGAUCGGAGGCCUGUCUCCUCAAAUCACCGUCAUCAACAAGAGUUUAUUCUCUCUGACCCAUGUUCAAUCCACUAUGACCGAGAAGCGUCUCCUCGGACCAACUACCUUUUUGCUGCAUGGCCCUGAAGGAAACGGAAAGAGCCUUCUGCUGGAAAGGAUUGCAGAGGCGCCGUGGCAAGAGGUGUAUCGCAUCAAUGCUGAAACGCAUCACAAGAACCAGGCGAGAGCGAUCUCAGAGACCUUUCAGGCUGCCCUUGAUGACCAACCAAGUCUCAUUCUUAUGGACAAUCUGGACAAGUUCUUGGAGAAAGCAGAGACUCUAGUAACGCGGCUUCAAAUCGAAUUAGCCAAGCUGGAGGGUACACAGGUGGUGGUUGCUGCAGCUGCUCGCAGCAUAUAUGAUAUUGAUGCCCGUGUUCGCACAACCUCUGCCUUCAAAACGGAACUCGAAUUAUUCGCACCCAACGUGAAACAAAGAGAAGAUAUAUUUCGCCAAAUAUUGGGACCAGAUUGCGAAGAUGCAAAUGUCAAUUUCCAGAGUUUAGCAGAACGCUCACAUGGUUUUGUAGGGCGGGACAUCCAUAAGUUUUGUAGUCUUGCUAGAAAUCGGCGUCUGGAUCAGAUCUGUUCUUCACUAGAGGAGGACCAGAAAGACACGAUUGGCGAGGUGUUGGAUCAGUCGGAUUUCGUUACACAGGAGGACUUUGAUACUGUGAUUGAUCAAGUGCAGCCGACUGUAAUGAAGGAUAGCAUUCUCGAGGUGCCAAAAGUGAAGUGGUCAGACAUUGCUGGCUUGGACCACGUCCGUGCUUUACUCGAAGCCAUUACCGUCCGUCCAUUCAAACAUCCCGACCUGGACACCAAGUUUGGUGGGCCUUCGUUGCGUAAGGGCGUAUUGAUGUAUGGCCCUCCAGGGUGUGCUAAGACUUUGAUCGCCCAGGCGGUUGCAACAGAGACCAAUCAGAAUUUCCUCGCAGUAAAGGGUUCAGAGCUCAUCAAAAUGUACGUAGGAGAAUCUGAGCGAGCGAUUCGCGAUGUCUUUCGUCGAGCUCGUGCUGCAAAACCAUGCAUCAUAUUUUUCGAUGAGAUCGAUUCAAUCGGCAAAUCGCGCGAGAAGACUCAAGACAGUGGUUUAAACGUCGUCACCACACUCCUCAACGAAAUGGACGGCAUCGAAGCACUCAAAGAUGUCUUCAUAAUCGGUGCAACAAACCGGCCUGAUAUUCUAGACUCAGCACUCAUACGCACUGGCCGCUUCGAUGCGCAUAUCCACAUUGGCCUCCCGACCGAAGAAGCACGUCGGCAAAUCCUCCAGAUUCACACCAGGAAACGGCCCCUUGCAUCUGAUGUGAAUCUCGAGGUUAUUGCCGCAAGAACCAGGGGCAGUAGUGGCGCCGACAUCAGCGGACUUUGCUCAGUCGCCAUCGAAAUGGCCAUGUCUGAUUAUGAAAAGGAUCCAUCAAGGGAGCCGCAAAUCCAUAUGCAUCACUUUGAGCGGGCCCUGGAGCAGCAUGUACCGCAUACAGUAAAAGAAGAGGCGGAGCGGUAUGAGAACUGGAGACCGGGAAAGUCACUGUCGCAAGAUUGA